AUGAGUAAUUGUAGUCUUAAAUGCAGUAUAUUACCGUGCAUACAUACAUUAAAAAAUAAUAAUGAGUUAGAUUUUUAUGGAUCAAAGGAAAAUAUUUUACAGAGAUAUAAAAAUGAAUUAAAUAUAGACAAAAAAAUGGAAGAUUUUAAAAAUAUAAGUGAUAAUUGUAAUGUGGAUAAGAAGUUAAAUGAUAAAUCCAAUAUGCAAAUAGAAAAAUGUAUUAAGAGUAACAUGAACAUUAAAUUAAAGGAAUUUAAUUUUGAGGAACUUACCAAUUCGUUUCAGAAAGAUAAAAAGAAUAUAUUGUUAAAUACAUAUAAUUAUUAUUUCCAUAAUAAUUUUUUUGAUUUAAAUGAAACAGAGAAAAAUGAAGAAACAAAUAUAAACAUUCAUUAUUACAAACGUUUAUCUCUUAAUAUUAUGAGUUUUGAUUAUGAGAAAGAUUAUAAGCAAGAUAAAUGUAAAGAUAAUGAGAAACCAAUUUUAUUUAAAUCUGAAAAGUGCAAUUUUAAUCAAAAAAUUUUUAGAACUGCUUCGUAUGACGACAUUUUUUUAAAAAAAAUAAAAAUCAGUAGAAUAGAUAAGAGUGAAAAAAAAUGUAUUAAGAAAUAUAAAAUUCCAUUUGAACCUAAUUUUUAUAGUAACCGAUUUUUUUUUUCAGAUAAAUAUAUUAAUGAUGAUUCACUUCAUUUAAGUGAUAAUUGCACAAAGUAUUGCAAUUCAUUGUACAUUAAUAAUGAUAAUUCAGUCUUAAAUACGAAUAAAAAGAAAUUUAAAAAUUUUAUAACUCAUAUAUUAUAUAUAUUGCGAUUUGAAGGUCCACCACCACAUUUUUUAAUAAUAAAAUUUAACAAAAAAACUAAAAAGGCUGUUAUAGUUAAAAAGGUACCAGUAAAUAAGAAUAUUUCUUUUAAUAUGGCUAAAUUCAUUGCAGAAAAAUAUAUACAAAUUCUAAGGAAAAAUUUAAGAAAAAAAGAAAAAAAAAUGGAAAAGAUAAGAAAUAGUGAUAAUAAUUAUGAUAAUAAUCAGAUGAUUGUUAAUAAUUGUUAUGUUAACGACGAGAUUAAUCAUUAUAAUAAUCAUUUUGAAUUUAAAAGAGACAUUGAUAAUAAUUUAGAUUCUAAUAAUAAUAAUAAUAGAAACAUUGAUAGCUCAGAGAGAAGUUUAAUUAAAAAUGAUAAAAUCUUAAAUGAAUUUAAUGAAGACUAUUUUAAUAAUUACCUUUUAAAUACUGACAUAAAUUCCUUAAGUUAUGAAAAUUAUAAUUCGGAAAAUAUCUGUAAUGAAAAAAUAUGUGCAAAUGAAUAUUUAAAUAUUGAUUUAGAAAAAAUUGUAUUUAACACAUAUACAGAAAAAUAUAUAAAAUUUUUAAAUAACAUUAAAAUAUAUUUUUUAAAAAAGGUUGAUGAUAUAAAGAAUUGUAAUAUUAAUAAUAAAAAUAACACAGAAAAUAAAAUAGUUAUUUUAGUAAAUAUAAAAUAUGGUUCAUCAGUUAAAUCGAAAAUUUUUAUUUUUGUAAAUCAAGAAGAUAUGAAAAGUGAAUAUGAAUUUAUAGAUAUAGUGAAUAAAAAACAAAAUGAUAAUACUUUUUCUUCCAUAUUGUAUAAAAAUACCAACAAUAGUAUAAAUGAAAGUUACAAUAAUUAUAAAAAUAAUUCUAAUGGUUCAAUAAAUAGUGAUACACACAUUAAUAUAAAGAUUAAUAAUGUAAAUAUUAUAGGAAAUAAUAAUAAAAGUAAUAAUAGUAUAAAUGAUAUUCAUAAUAAUACUACUUGUAAUGGAAAUUUUUUUAUAAAUAAUAAUGAAUCAAAUACUACAAAUGAAAAUAAUGAAAAUGGUUCCAUUGAUAUAUAUAAACAUGAACAUAGUGACUAUAUUUUUAGUGCAGAUAAUACGCAUGAAAAAGCAUUAAAUAAAGAAAUUUCAGAUGAUGAUACAGUUCCUAGAUACAAUUCUGAUAAAAGUGAGGAUGACAAUAAAAAUAACAUAACAUUAAUUAAUAAAGAAGUUAGAAACCUUGAUUACUUUCUAGAGGAUAAGGAAAACAAAAGUAAUGAAAUCAGUAUAAGUAAUGGAAAAAACUAUGUAGAUAUAGAAAAAAAAAAAAAAAUGUCACAAAAAUAUAAAAGAAAAAUAAUUAAUUUCAUACGUAGUAAUAUAUAUAUUAAUUCAUAUAUAUAUUAUUGCUUUGAAAAUACGGAUGUAAAAAAUAACCUUUUUAAAGAUGAUGUAAUUUUAAUUGAUAAUUCAAAAACUCAAUUGGUAAAUAAUUUACCUAACCAUAUAUAUGAAUUAAAUAAAUUUGUUUUUAUUAAAUUUAUUAAAUUUGAAAAUUAUAUAAAGAGAAAUCACAAAAUAGCAGAAAGAUACAUAAAACAUUUACUACAGAGUAAUGUAAAAUGUAUAAAUAAUUAUAUGAUAGGAAUGAGAUGGGUUCCUGAUAUUUUUGCAUAUGAAUAUUAUGUUUGUAAAAUUACUGAAUUAAAUUCAGAAGUAAAAGAAAAUAAGAAAAAUUUAAAACAUAAUUAUUCAUUAGCAUUACAAAAAGAUGCGAACAAAAAUUCUAUAAAAUAUUUAGUAGAUUAUGAAAACAAAAUAAUUGAUAAUGUUUUAUGUGUUCUUCAUGAAUAUUAUCAAACAAGUUUAUUCACUGAAAAAUGUAUUUUUAAUUUAUUUAAGCUAGUAUUGUUGCGUGUCAGUAUGUAUGCAGAUGUCAUGAAUAAAAAGAUCAUUACGUUAGACCUUGAUAAAGCAAUAUAUAGAAUGAAAAAGUUUUCUGAACCGAUAAAUAUAAAUGAUUUCUGUACAUUAUCCGAAAAUGAAAAUUUAUCAACGAACAAAAAUAUGGAUAUUGAUUCUAAGGAUGUUUCUGAAGUAAAUAAAAACAAUUUGUUGAAAUCAUCAAAUUGGAAUAAUUUAAGUAAUGAUAUUAAUUUCUUAGAAUAUACGGAUGAUAACAUAAAAAAUAAGAAUAAUAAUAUAGGCUUAAGGUAUAUUUACAAUGAUGAUAAAGUAAAUAAAAGUAAUGAUAAUAAUGAAGGAAUUCAAAUGAAUCAUGUUUCCGAUAGUGAUAUAAAAAAAUCAGGUAAGUCACAAGAUAAAUACAAUAAUUUAUUUAUUAAGAAUGAGAAUUAUGAAAAAGAAUCAUCUUUACAAAAUAAAUAUAAAAAUAAAAAGAAAGUGAGCUACAAUCUAGAUAAUACAUCUAUAUCAUUGAAGAAAAGGAAAACAAAAGAAAAAGGGUAUGGUUUAUUAGAAGGGGAACCAUUCUGCUUAAAAUAUUAUAGCUCGUCUGCCAACAACAUGUUGGUGAACAUGGAAAAUCAUAAGAAAGGGUAUUAUUCUAAUACAAGUGAUUUAAGUAGUAAUUCUCACAUUACAAAGCAUAAAUAUCAUUUACGUAGUAAUAACGCUCAUUCAACGGAUAAUUAUUCAUCUGAAGAAUAUAUGACAAGAAGUAACUUAAGGAAUAAAGAAAAAGGAAGAAGUAAAAUGGUAUAUAAAUUAAUGAAUAAAAAUGGUCUGAUAGAACCAUAUUGGUGGUUUUUUUACAAUAUAUAUACAAAUACAAGUGUACAGAGUGAUAAAUCAGACCCACUAAAGAUGAAUAAAGCAAAAAAUAUGUCAAAGAAAGGCGAAGAAAGCAUAAAUUUAUAUAAUAAUUAUGACAAAUCUGUAAAGGGAAAUGAUAAUGAUGAUUACAGAAAAAUAUUGAAAAAAUGUAAAAUGAAUUUAUUAAAUCAUUUUUGCACGAGAAAUAAUAAAAUAAAAAUUAAAUACAUCUCAAUGGUACAUGAUAUAAUAUAUAAAAAAUUUAUUCUUUUAAAGAAUACUAUUUUUCCAAGGCAUAUGCACGAAGCAGAAAUAAUAUUUACAUUAUUUCCUCAUGAAGCGCAAACAUUUAUGUUUGUGUAUACUGAUGACAAUUUGAAUUAUCAAAAUCAAAAUUUUCUUAAAUAUGUUUCUUUCAGUGAUUAUAUAAUUACAUGCAACAAAAUAGACGAUAAUAAUAGAGACAAAAAUAAUGUUCAUGAGAAAAAUGUUAUUUUACCUAUAGAGGAGUAUAAUAACUCAGAAAAUAAUAAAACAAUAGACAAAGAUUUUUAUAUAGACCAUUUUAUCAUAGGAGAUUCAAAAGAUACAUCAAAUGUAUUAGUUGAUAACAAUUUUAAAUAUUCAUAUACACCUAAUUAUGAUAAAAUUAAAAGGAAUUACAGAGAAGCUUAUUAUAAUUCAAAAGAAAUUAACAACGUUCAAAAUUCAAACGAAAAUAAAUAUAACAUAAAGAUAUUGCUGAAUAAUGUAGAAGGAAACAGUGAUAAUAUGACGAAGAAUAACAGUAAUAAUGAAAAAUAUAAAAAUAAUUAUAUUUAUAAUAAUAAUAAUAAUGAUAUUGUAGAAAAUAAAUCAACAGAAAAUUAUCAUAAAGUCUUUGAUUUUGAAAAAAAUAAAAGAGAAAUAAAACAAAAUGGAUAUUAUGAUUAUUUUUUACACGACAAGAAUUUGUUAAAUACAACGGAAAAAUUCCAUAAUGUUGGUGAGAAAAGAAGUGUUUCAAGUACUAAUUUUGGUAGGAGUAAGUAUUAUGAAAAUAAUGUUGAAGAUGAAGAAAAAAAAAACACAAGUGACAAUGAUAUUUCUUUAAUUAAAAGGAGAAGAAAUGGAAGCAAAAGAGCAAAGAGUAAUAAUCUAUCAAAUGCUAAAAAUUACAGUAUGUAUAAUAAAAAUGAUGUAAAUAAUGAAGAUGUGCUAAUACCUAUGGGGCCUUUGCCAACAGGAGUUUAUUUUGAUUCUGCAAGAAAAUUGUGGAGAUGUCAAUGGAAAGAAAAUGGAAAAUUUAAAACAAAAGGAUUUAGUCUUAUACAUUAUAAUACUUUAGAAGAAGCAAGAAAACAGUGUAUUAUAUAUAGAUGUGAAGUAGGAAAUAUUCCUGUAAAAAGUGAAUGGUUAAACCCUAUUUAUGUUAGUUCCUCAUAUUUUUUUAAUAAAAAGUGUGCCAGUAGUGCUAACAAUGGUGCAAAUUAUUCAAACAAAGAAUUAAAAACUAGUUCUUUAAAUUUAAACAAAUUAAAAGAAAAAACAACAAAUUCCAAAAGUUUUAUAGAUGGAUCAAAUAAAAAUUCGAGUGAAAAUUAUUAUAAUAGUAGGUAUUCUACAAAAAAUAAUAUAUCUACAAACUUUCUAAAUAAUGAAAAAAGUGAUGAUAUAGACAUUUCCAUUUUAAAAGAAUUCGUAUCAAAAAAUAAAGGAAAUAAUCCUACUUUUUUUUCGAAUACAGACAAGGGAAAAACUGAAAUGGAUAAUAUUAAUUCUGAAAAUAAUAAAAUGAAAACUAUAAAAGAAGAAAAAAAAGAACUAUUAGAUGAAAAUGAUAAAAUACAUAUUAAAAAUAAUAAUAAUGACAAGAUAAAAAAAGAAAUUAAUAGUAUAUUAAAUGAUAAUAUGAGAAAAAAUAAAUCUAAUUUAAAUAAUGAAGAAAAUAUAGAAAAUUUUAAUAAUAAAUAUUUAAAUAUUUAUAAUACCUCUGAAAAUCCAUUUUCUUUAGAAGAAAAAAACACCCAUAAUGAAUUAAAAAAUAAUAUUAGUAUAAAUAAUGAAAGGCAUUCACUACAUAAGAGGCAUAAUAGUAGUGAAGUAAAAGAAGAUAAAUUAAACGAAAUAAAUUGCAAAAUAGAAGAUGAUAUAAAAAAUAUGUCAGAUAAUUGCAAUAUCCCAUUGGAAACAAAAAUUAAAUUUAAUGAAAAUGUAAAUAAUCAAAAUAACCCUAUGAGUCAUAGUGACAAUGAUAAUAAUCUUAAUUAUUAUAAUAAAAAAAAAAAUGAUCAAGAUGGAUGCUCAGAAUAUGACAAUAUUUUUAAUGAAGAAAUGGUAAAAGAAAAAAACAAAAAUGUUCAUACGUCAACCAAUUCUUUUAUUAAUAAACAGUAUUCAUCAGAUGUUGAAGAUAGUAGAUUGGAUAAUUUAAAGAAAAACACAGAUUUGAAAGAUACUUAUUUUAAUAAAUAUGCCCCAAAAGACAAUCCUGGUAAUUUUCAAUAUCAUACUAAUCAGGAAAGUACUCUUAAUAUAAGCGAUGAAAGUAAUAUUAAUAAGGAAGGAUCAAACUUUCCAGAAAUAUUUUUUAAAGAUAUUCAAAAUUUCUUAAAUUUUGUAAAGGAAAAAGAGUGUGCAAGUGAUAAUACACAUGCAAGUCAAGAAGAAGAUCAUGUAACACACAUGAAAAAAAAAAACACGAAUAAUGCUAUGUAUGAAAAUUACUUAAAAUCAAUUAUAGUUCAGUAUGAAAAUGAGGAAAAAAAAAAGUAUUAUUUAAGAAACAGUGAUAAUUGUAAUAAUAAUAAAAAUAAUGAUAUUACUACGAAUAAUGACAAUGGUAUAAAUGAUAGAAAUUACAAUGGUCAUACUAAUAAAUUAAAAAGGGAUGAUAAUAAGGAUUCUCAAAAUGAAUCGACAUAUUUUAAAAAUACAUACAAUUAUUCAUUUUUAAAUGAUAAAGAAAAAUCAGCAGAUUUCUUACGAUAUAUUAAAAAAAUUUCCAAUAAUAAUAAAAGAGCAAUAAAUCAUAUUGAAGAAGAAAAUUCAGGUAUAUUUAAUAAAAGUGAAGAAUGUAACAACAAAUAUGAUUCAAUUAAUGACAAUAAUUCAUUAGCAGAUUGCUUUGAGAAUAAUUCAAAAAAUUUUAGUGAAAAAAAUAAUUCUAACAAUUGGGAAGAAGGAAAUAAAUCAAAACUAGAUAGUCUAAAAUAUAUGGAAUUAAUAAAUUCAGAAAAAGAAUGUAAUGACGGUACACUUAAAAAUGGAAAUACAACAAAUAAAUUAAUUUACAAUGACCAUGGUAAUGAUAAUGGUUUAAAUGAACAAAAUAUAAAUUGCAUAUUAAAAAAGGAUAUUCCAAAUGCGAAAAAUAAAAAUUUCAAAGAAGAAAUUAUUACGACUAAUAUAAAUAUCAAUAAAAAUAACUACGAUUUUAAAAAUGAUGAGAUAAGUAAAAGUUUAAAUUACAAUAAAGCAUUAGAAUAUGAUAGUAACGGUUCAUUGAAUAUGACCAAUGGAAGCAUUCAUUCAUAUUAUAAAAAUAACGACUCAUUUAAUAAAGAUAAAAAAAAUAUGAAAACAUUAGAUAAUAAUAUAAAUUUAAUUCAAGAAAAAAGAGUUAAAGAAUCAUUAGAAGACAAUAUUUAUAAUUCAUUAAGUAACGAUAUAAUAGAAUCCCAUAAUAUUACCAAUAUGAAUAAUGAUAAUUAUGAGUCAUUAUCAGGACCAUUGAAUGUGAAUAAUCAAAAUAUUAAUGACAAUAAUAUAGAACAGAAAUUAAAUGAAUACGAUGAAAGAAUGUCCUAUUCCAAGAGAAAAGUUAGAACAACUAAUAAUAAUGAUUUUAAAAAGAAUAAUGAAAAAAUUAAUAUAGAUAAUUAUGAUAUAAAUAAGAGUAAUAAUGAAAAUGGUUACACUAAUAAUCAUUUAGUAAAUAAUUCAUUUAACCUUCAUAAUAAAAAUAAUAAUAGUAAGAAUGUCAAUAUUUCUGAAAAUGAAUUAAAAAACAGUACUCCAACUUUUGGCAAAAAAAAGAGUUUAGAUAUAGAUAUAAAUUUAAUUAAGCAAUCAUUACCUAAAGGAAUUUAUUAUGAUCAUGCGAAAAAAUUAUAUAGAGUUCAAUAUAUAAUAAAUAAUUCUAUUAAGACAAAAGGAUUUAGUGUAAAAAAAUUAGGUUUAGUACAAGCAAAAAUUGAAGCAGAAUCUUUUAGAAACUUUUGUUUAGAAAAUGGAUUACUUAACUCUCGUAAAAGAAGAAUAAAUUCUCCAUAUAAUAAGAAAGAAGAAAAUUUUAAAAUGAUAAAAGAUAAUGAGGAAAUAUUAUCGAAUUUAUUAUAUUUAUACAAUUCCAAUAAUAAGCCAAGAUGA